AUGUAUGCUGAGAAAGUUGUGACAGAGGGGAAGAUGGGGAGCAGGAGUGGGGGGAUCUCUCUGACCUGCGUGUUGACUCCCUGGAGGGUGAUUGGGGUGUGUGUCACAGUGAUGACCCUGGGAGCCAUAGGAGCCGCCGUCUGGGCCGUAGUAACGUUCUGCACGAUGGAGGAAGACACAGGACUCUAUGAUGUCCAGGUAAAUUCACCAGACCAGCGUCUCAGAGUCUUUGACUCCACCAAGAAGAGGUGGCGCCAGGUGUGCUCCUCCCCAGCCGACGAACUUCUCGCCAGCAUCAGCUGUGAAGAAGUGGGAUUUGUCAGCGUUCUGAAUUAUUCAGUCACAUCAGUGCCAGAAGCCAACGGUGAUGGUGGGGAAUUUUUCUGUGUCCGACAAGAAGAGCUCAUCUAUGGCAAGAAAAUCAAAGACUCAUUGUAUCCAUGCCUCUGUGAGAGCAGAGAGGUUCUCACACUGCUGUGUCAAGACUGUGGCAGGCGCAGCUUCGCAGCAGACCGUAUCGUCGGCGGCGUGGAUGCCCGGCAGGGCAGCUGGCCGUGGCAGGUCAGCUUGCAGUACGAUGGCGUUCAUCAGUGUGGAGGGUCCAUCAUCUCAAACCGCUGGAUCGUUUCUGCGGCACACUGCUUCCCAGAGCGCUAUCGCUUUGCUAACCGCUGGCGUGUGCUGUUGGGCUCCAUCUACAAUAAGCCGGUUAAUGCCAACGUGGUAGAGGUGAAGACCAUUGUUUACCACAGCAGCUACCUGCCCUUUGUGGAUUCCAACAUAGAUGAUAACAGCAGGGACAUCGCCGUUCUGGCCCUCACCCAACCUCUGGCUUUUAAUGAAUACAUCCAGCCUGUCUGUCUACCAGCAUAUGGUCAAAGACUGAUAGAUGGACAAAUGGGAACGGUGACAGGCUGGGGGAACGUAGGAUACUAUGAUCAUUUGGCAGACGUUCUCCAGGAAGCAAAUGUCCCCAUCAUCAGUGAUGCUGUCUGCAAUGCUCCUGAUUACUACGACAACCAGAUCACCACCAGCAUGUUCUGCGCAGGUUAUGAGAAAGGAGGCAUAGAUGCCUGUCAGGGAGACAGCGGUGGCCCGUUUGUGGCGGCUGACUGCUUCUCUAAGGCCAAUCGCUAUCGUCUGCUGGGAGUGGUGAGCUGGGGAACGGGCUGUGCUAUGGCCAAGAAACCUGGCGUCUACACCAGAGUGUCACGAUUUCUGCCCUGGAUAUCAACAGCCAUGAGGAAUUAUCAGAAUUUAGCGGGGGUUCACAAAAUG